GUAUCACUAUAUAUCGUGCUGAAAAUGUGACGUAUUGCAGUCGUGUAUCCGCGUGCAUCUUACGGUCGAUGUAUAGCAUUAUGAUAAAUUUUUUCGCACUUUAUAUCGAUGUGAAUUGCUAGAUGUUAUAUUUGUACUGAUAAAAUACAGACUAAAUGGGUCGCAGAGCAAAAUUUGACGAAAAGCAAAUUCCCAGCGGGCGCGGGAAAAAGGCAAAAAAGCAGGGGGAUCCAGUUUUUCCAAAAGGAGUCUUGGUUCAAGAGGCAACUAAAUUAAGCCAUCGCCAGAAGCAAAGAGUAAAGAAGAGGUUAGUAAAGAAUGAACAAAUUAAAGAAAAUGCAAAGAAGUUACUCAAGAAGAAGGCUACUACGCUCGAAGAGCAAGUACAGUUGAAGAAGGCUAAAGAUAUAAAACAGCUGAAAAAGAAGAAAGAGGACAAUGUUAAACCUGAAUUAGUUAUUGACAGUAAUAGCCACAGUAAGAAUGAUAAAGUAAAAACUCAAUCUAAGAAUUACACUAAGAAUGAUGAGGUAAAGACUUGGCCUAAUACUCUAGCGUCUAAAUCGGAAACGAAAGUUAAGCAAAAUAAAAAGAGAAAAAGAGAGAAGCAGAAAGCCAUGGUUAAGAGUGUAGCAAGUGACAGUGAUGAAAUCGAUGAGGAAAAAGAUGAAACUGAUGAAGAUGUUGAAGACGAAGAAAUGGGACAGGAUGAAAAAGACAUGAGUGAUGAUGGAAAUCAAUUGCUCUUUAUGGCAAAGGCGAAAAAGAAGCUAAAGAAGGCAAAACAAAAGUUAAUGAGUAGUAAUGUAGAAAGUGAUGGUGAAGAAAUGUCGCUUAGUGACGAAGAGUCUGUGGAGAAUGAGCAGAUGGGGCAUGACGAUAACAGUGAAGAGGAUGAUGAUAAUGAAGAAGAUGGUAAUAGUGAAAAAGAUGAGGAUAGCGAAGAAGAUGAUAAUAGUGAGGAUGAAUUGCUUCCAAUAGAAAAAGCUAACAAGAAAUUGAAGAAGAAAAAAGAGGAAGAAGAGAAACUGGCGAACAAAGAGAUGGAGGAUAUGAUGGCUCAUCAAAGUGUAUUCACUUUCCCGACCAAAGAAGAACUUGACAACGUGAGCAACUUGAAAGAAGUUCAGCAGCGAAUAAGAGACGUUAUCAUGGUGCUAUCGGAUUUCAAGAGAUUGCGAGAGGAAAAUAGAGCGCGCACCGAGUAUACGGAACUACUGCGGAAAGACUUAUGCACGUAUUACAGUUACAACGAUUUCUUAAUGGAGAAAUUGAUGCAAAUAUUUCCACUGGACGAGUUGUUAGAGUUCUUAGAAGCGAGUGAAGUACAGAGACCUAUGACUCUUCGCACCAACACUUUGCGAACGCGACGCCGCGAUCUAGCGGAGGCCUUAAUCAAUAGAGGAGUUAAUCUGGAUCCAAUAGGAAAGUGGACAAAGGUUGGACUAGUGGUGUAUUCCUCGCAGGUGCCCAUGGGUGCGACACCGGAAUAUUUGGCUGGACAUUACAUCAUACAAGGCGCAUCCAGCUUCUUGCCCGUUAUGGCGCUCGGACCAAUGGAAAACGAAAGGAUUCUCGACAUGGCUGCUGCACCGGGCGGCAAAGCCUCGCAUAUUGCAGCCCUCAUGAAAAAUACUGGGGUACUGUUCGCCAACGAUGUACACAAGGACAGGCUGAAGGCUGUCGUUGGUAAUUUUCACAGACUCGGUAUCGUCAACUCUGUAAUCUGCAAUUACGACGGAAGAAAAUUCCCGAAGAUUAUGAAAGGCUUCGACAGGGUCUUGUUGGAUGCUCCGUGCACGGGCACAGGAGUGGUCGCGAAAGAUCCCAGCGUCAAGAUGAGUAAAGAGGGAGUAGACAUUCAACGUUGUUGCACGCUGCAGAGAGAGUUGCUCUUAGCUGCAAUAGACAGCGUCAAUGCACGUUCGGACACCGGCGGCAUUAUCGUUUACUCGACCUGCUCGAUUUUGCCAGAAGAGAACGAGUGGAUCGUCGAUUAUGCAUUGAAGAAGCGCGACGUUAAAUUAGUACCCACUGGAUUGGAAUUCGGAACUGAAGGCUUUACAAGUUACAGAGAACAUCGAUUUCACCCCUCGCUCAAGUUGACUAAACGGUUUUACCCACAUGUACAUAACAUGGACGGCUUCUUUGUCGCUAAACUGAAAAAGUUCUCGAACCUGAUUCCCGGUCAGAAGAAUACAAACGAGAAAGCUGAUGAUUAAAGUUCGAAUUAUGCAAUUAAUUGUAUAUUCCUUUCAUUGUAUAUAUACAUAUUUUAUUAUGUAUAUUUAUGUAUAUUUUCUAUGGCAGUAUUGAUAACCUGACAUCGUUACUGUUCUUAUUACCAUAUAGUUGGAAAAGUUACUUUGUGAAAACGAUUAUUUGCAUAAAUAUUCUAAUUGUCAUAAAGUAACAUUUUAUAAUAUGCAGAUUUAUAUUUUGUGUGUCAGAUUUUGAGAUUACGUACAGUUGCGUAACAUCAGAGAUUGUGCGUGAUCGAGUCGAGGAUCUCGAAUCAUUUUAUUUAUUAAUUUACAGAUGCCAAGACAGUUAUUUAAAAUUAUAUUCAAGGAAUUAAACGCCAUCUCUAU